AUGGACAAAAAGGUGGAACGCGAGGGGGCUGAAGUGAGGAGAUCAUCAUCAAUGCAGAAUCUUCAAUGGGGAAUUACUUUGCCAACCACUGAAAAAGAAUUUCUGCAACAAGAGAAACAUAGCUCUAAUCUUCCAUCUCCGAAAAGGAAAAAUGAAAUGAAGAGGAAAGAGGCCCAACAAGAAAGGUUGAAGCCAUGGGAAAAAUACAUGAGAAACAACACCUUUGUUGAGAUAAAAAAUGGUGAUGCAAAUUUUUGGAAGGAUGACUGGCUUGGCACAUGUUGCCUUUCUGUUAAAUAUGAUGAAGAACUUGGGAAUAAUUCUAAUGUGCUGGUUAGAGACUUGAUUGAUAAUGAAGCUUGGAAUCUGGACUCACUACAAGGAAUUCUACUCCAGGAUGACAUCAAUGAAAUAGAGAGUAAAGAUGUUACACUAUCAAAUGAAGCUGAUGACUGGAUUUGGCAAAAUGAUACUCUUGGAAAAUUCUCUCUCAAAUCAGCAUUCAAUCACCUGUGGAAAAGACAAGAAUCAUCCCAACAAUGCACUUAUACAUGGGAUAAAAGGCUUCAGCUGAAGAUUUCGAUCUUCAUGUGGCGAUUGCACAACAAGUUACUUCCUUUUGCUGAUGUUUUAAUGAAAACAGGACUGAAUAUUCCCUCUGUGUGUUCUUUAUGCAGGAAUCAUGUUGAAAGCAUUCGGCAUAACUUCUUUGAAUGUUCUUAUGCUAAACAUUGGAGACAUUUUGGAGCGAUUAUGGUCUUUGCAAACAAUGAAAUUUUGGAUUUUGAUGAUCUUUCAUCUACAUGGUGGACAAGACGACAAUCUUCAAAGCUGACUUGGAAGCUACAGAUUCUCCUCCCCUCUCUCAUUUGUUGGCAGUUGUGGAAAUGUAGGAAUAAAGCUAUUUUUGAGUCAACAAUAAUCUCUCCACACAUUGCAGUGAGACUUAUUGUCCAAGAUCUGCACAUUAUGGCAAAAGAGAUGGGGGAUGGAGUCGAUUAUAGUCCGGCUUUUGCUACAGACGAGACUUUUGCUACGAAGAAGGAAGUUGUUGCAUAUGCGAAGGGUAUUGCGAAUCUCUACAACAUGGAGUUAAGUGUAUCAUCGCACAAGGAUAAUAGUACUAUACUCCUUUGUCAUAAAGGAGGACGGUACCAAGGUCAACAGUGGAUGAAAAUGAGGCCAUUGAGUGCAGAAGUGAAAGAGCUUAUUAAGGAGUACUCUAAAGCUGGGACUAAGGUAGUCCACAUUUUACGGGCGAUAUGGACACAAUUUCCUGAUGAAAAGGUUACCUCCAAACAAGUCUACAACUACAAAAAUCAAUUGCGUAAGGAGGGGUUUCCAAUUCUAGAUGACCUGGCUGCCAUGGACGUCGUGGAAAAGGUGUUAGAGGUCGCAGAACAACACAAAUACAUCAUCUUCACAGAGUGCGAUGAAGAGACACAGAGCUACCAUUGGGCGCUGUGGCAGCUCCUUAACUUGUAUGGCGAUGAUCUGCAUCCGAGUGUCAUCGUGACUGAUCGGGAGCCUAUACUGAUGAGGCCUCUUGAUGAUGUAUUUCCAUCAUCACAUCACUUGUUGUGUACGUGGCACGUUUACAGGGAUGUUGAAAAAAAUGUGAAAAGAAUUUUGAACGGAAAUGUCCAUGUAGCAAAACGUUUCGCGUACAAGGCCUUUAAAAUAGUGAUUGAAGCUGCAAAUCGGGAAGAAUACGAAGAAAAAGUACAGUUUCUGGAGCAUAAUUGGUCCCAAUUUCAGCCCGUUCUAGAGUAUGUUAGGAAGACAUCAAGGUCCUCUGUCGACAUCCAGUGA